AUGACUGUAGCGCCCGUAAUUGCUCUUUCGCACGGUCCUCUCCCCAUUCUGGGCGACAAGAAUCACAAAUCAAUCAUAUACUCACUCAAAAACCGAGUCCCCAAGAUCCUCGGCCUGGGAACACCGUCCGCGCCACGUGCGAUUGUUCUUGUUACCGCACACUGGACGACCGCCGAACCCACCAUCUCAUCAUCCAACCACCACGACCUCUACUACGACUAUUACAACUUCCCUCCUGAAUCAUAUAACCUCAAGUACCCUGCGUCCGGCGACACCGAAAUCGCACAAGAAAUCAAGUCCCUCCUCGAAGCCGAAGGCCUCACCGGCCGUCUAGACCCGAAACGCGGCUGGGACCACGGCGUCUUCAUCCCAAUGCUGCUCAUCAACUCUGCCGCCGACAUCCCCAUCGUUCAAGUAUCUGUUCUAGGAUCCGAAGAUCCAGAGCACCAUCUCCGCAUGGGCGCGGCAUUAUCCCGCCUGCGCGAACAGAAUAUUGCCGUCAUAGGGUCGGGGUUUGCCUCGUUACAUAACUUUACCGAGAUGAGGACCCUGUGGUCUGGCGACGCCGAUGCUAUCAAAAAGUUUAAGGUUGUUUCGGAUGAGUGGAAUGAUGCGUUGACGAGAGCUACUACCGCAGAGAGUAAGGAGGAUCGGUGGAAUGGACUGAGGGCGUGGAGGGAUUUGCCUCAUGCGGAUAGAAUGCAUCCCCCUAAUGGAGGAGAGCAUUUUAUGCCGUUGAUUGUUUGUGCUGGGGCGGCGGGGGAUGGCGAAAAGGCCGAUUUUUAUAAGGAUGUGUAUUCGGGAGUGGAUAUAUAUACAUAUUAUUGGGGGGCGGAGAGAGUUGAUUGA